AACUCUAGAACAUAGCAAUUUUGACAUUACUGUGGUGAAUAAUUGCAUACGAGAAAACACAAAAUGAAUACAAAACAAAGCAAAAUGAUUCCAAACAUGACGAAUUACUCUCGCGUAAACAUGUUUACAUAGAAAUACUUCGAAAUACUUCGUGUAAAGAUAAGAGAAUUGUAAACAAACUACGAAGAAACUCACCGAGCCUCAUUAAUAAAUUCCGUAUAGCGGGUCGCCAGGUUUUGCGGGAAACAUUUGUAUAAAGUCGCGUAGUCGUCUUCUUUCGAGCUGCAUUGUUUUGAAAUCUGUAAGUUUCCGUACAAGAGUUUCGACUUAAAGUUUUAGUUUAAAUCAAAACUAAGAGUGAGAGGUAGCAUUUGCUGGAAGUUGAGUUCGUGCAUGAGCCAAAUGCGUGUUACGUGAUUCGUUGUAUUUCUGCGCGCUUAAAAUUUCUUUACGAUGACAAAUUGCAUUGCUGAAAUCAUAGACGUAAAAAGUAGUCGCUGUCCAGCUUUCUGCGAUUGCAAUUUCCCAAACAGUUUCACUGUCACAAAUCACUCAGGUUCUAUCGCAGACUUGGUGCAGUGUCGAUGUGGUGAGGAUACCUCCAACACAAUGCACUGGACAUGGCAGGAUGCGGAAACAGAUAUCUCUAUAGUUGGUCCUGAUAUAACGUUUCAUCCAAGUUACAGUCAAGGAACUGCAAUAGUACGUGGUGAUGUACCUUUGCAAAGCGGAAUGGUGCAUUUUUGGGAAAUGCGCGUGCUAACCUUUCUUGCAGGAACAGAUGUGAUGUUCGGUAUUGGAACUGAUAAAUUCGAUAUGAAUCAAUUUAAGAGUCAUUUCAUUUCCGCACUUGGCAUUGACACAAACACAUGGGGUUUUUCCUAUAAUGGACGCAUUCAACAUAACGGUAAAGUGGAACCCUAUGGUCGAAAGUUUUCACAAGGUGUAAUUGUUGGCGUGUACUUAGAUCGCACACACGGUUAUUUGGAAUUCUUUUUAAAUCGUCGUUCUUUGGGAAUUGCAUACACCAAUAUUCCAAUUAACCCAGAUAUUAAAAUAUAUCCAAUGGUUUGUUCGACAGCAUUUAAAACUGUUGUGCGACUCAUUAAUGCAACAUCUGUCCCAGAAUGUUUACAAUUACGUGCCUACCGAGCAUUAUCCAAGCAACCUAAAGCACUAGAGAAAAUUCGACAAAUGCCUGGCCUAAUUCCAAUAACAAGACUUUAUUGGUUUCUUGCUCCUCCGAUAAGAUUUUCUCAACGAUCCGCGGAAAAUGAGUUAGAUAUCGCCGACGAAGCAGUUUUAUCGAAGUCGAGAUUAAAUAGAAAGCAAAAAUUUAAAGAUGAAGAGAUUGACGUUGAUGAUCUACAUACUAAUGCCCACAAAAUCGCCAUUCAACGACGUGCGAGCGAUGAUGCAAAUUUGUUUUUAAGUGACUGCUUUGAUGAACAUUUCCAUUACCUAUUUUAAUAUUUUGAUGAGCAUUUGUUUUCGUAUUCCAUGCCAAUGCUUUUUUUGUUAUAAAAAGAUUACGAAAUGGACACAUUGCAGUAACUGUGAACGCAUGGUGGUGUGCCUUUAUUAAGUACUAAAGACUGGUUAUGUAUUUAAUAUUUUAGUGAUUAACUGUUGUGAUUGAGAAAUAUGUACAGAACACAUCUUGUCAAUAUAAUUACACAAUUUCAAAUUCUCGAAAAGAAACAACUAUUUUACCUAAUCAAAGAAAUAUGAUUUAAUCUUUUUAAUUUACUGAUACCGUCGAGAGCAAAAAAUUAAACCUCGAAGUAAUAAUAUAAAAUUUUCGUUAAUUGUUAAAUACAAUUUGUAGAUUACAAAAACAACACUUAACAUAUGUCAUAAUUCAACAUUAAUAUUUAUUGUUAAAAUUAAUCAUUUUAAAUAUAUUUUAAAACAAUUUUUAUUUUU